AUGGGACUGAAUGCAGUGGCGGAGCUAGACUUGAAGAGGAGGAAUAUCACUGCAGAACGUACUAAACACAGCAAUUUUCUGGAAUCUAAGGGAUGCUUUGCCAACACAACAUCCUCCGGCAGAAAGGUCAGCCGCUCAUCUUCUGUUGAAACAUGUCUUAGUGUGAGCGAGCCUCCAGGCCUCUGCAAAGUGUCUGCUCACCUAGACCUGGCUGCAGAUUUGGGUCUGAAAUCCUCCUCCUCACAUUCUGAUCACUCCUCUGAAACCUCAUUGCCUGAAGUGCCAAAGGAUAAAUAUCGUGAGGAGUUCAGUCUGCUUAAAUUGCAGACAAAAGAUGGGCAGCGUCCGGAAUGGACAUUUUACCCAAGAUUUAGCAGCAAUAUCCACACCUACCAUGUUGGAAAGCAGUGUUUCUUUAACGGGGUCUUCCUCGGCAACAGGAGGUCUCUGUCAGAGAGAAUGGUGGACAAGUGCUUUGGGAGGAAGAAAUACGAUAUUGAUCCUAGGAAUGGAAUACCAAAGUUAACUCCAGGAGAUAAUCCAUAUAUGUACCCAGAACAGAGUAAAGACUUCCACAAAGCAGGAUCAACUCUCCCACCAGUGAAUUUCUCCAUAGUGCCUUAUGAAAAGAAAUAUGAUACAUUUAUUCCACUAGAGCCUCUUCCACAAAUUCCUACCUUGCCUUUCUGGGUGAAGGAGAAAGCCAACAGGCUGAAGCACGAGAUAAGAGAGGUGGAGGAGCUUGAUAACUGGCAACCAGCGUCCCCCUUGGUGUACAGUUUAUACCCUCCUGGUGGGUUAAAGAACCUUCAAAGAACAGUAUAAAAACUGGAGGCAAGCCUGGAAGAGAAGGCCUUUGAGAGGCUUCACAGUGGAGAGGAGAGAAGGCGAAGCCUCUUCCAGAGUGGAUGGUGUCCUUUGCCCCAACGUGGUCCUUGGGUUGAUGUCACGGCCACGCAUCACUGGUUGAAUGUGUUGGUGGAGCACUGGUAAUCUUAUAAUGGAGCACAGCCUUUAACUCCGUGCCUCUAUCCACAGGUUCUCUGGAUUCCGCAAGACAGUCCUGAACAGAAACAGGUCCGUAGAACCCAUACUGACUAGUCAGGGGAGCCUCUUCCGAUCGAUCGCUUCUGUCAGUGUGACUGCUCUAAAUCAAAUGCUUGACUUUGAUGAGUAAUCACCAUGCUGUGCUCUUUUUAACUUUAUAUUUUGAAAACUUUCAAACUUACAGAGAAGUUGUGAGACUCAUUCAAUGAAAAAAUCCCCACAUAUCCCUCAUCCAGAAUCUACAACUGUUAACAUUUGUCAAACUUGGUGCCUUCUCUCUCUUUCUUUUGUUACUCUUACUGUUUUGUGGAAUUAUUUGAGAA